CCAUUUUGCACACUAAUCUCAUGGCGUCAAAAACGCAUGUAUACAAAUUGCCCCCAGCAAAGAUGUUUCGACUGUCUUGGAGAAACAGUCAUUUGUUGUCAACCAGUGUUUUGAUGCCAUGUCAUUUAAUCUCAUUAAUUCCAAGUUUUUGUAAUCUCAAAUUCCAAUACAGAUUCAUCAUUACACUUUCUCCAAGAUGUCACGUCUAGCCCACGUUCAGCAUCUACCUCCAUCAUUUCCUAACAUCAUGGCCUCUUUUCCACUUCCACCUCUUCAACAUCACCAUAAAAAUCAGCCACGUGUCCACGAUCAUCAUUAACAUUUAAAGUAUUUUUAUCAUCUUCCUCCUAUAAAUACCCAUAAACCAUUUUCUCUAAACUCUUUUAACGCUUCAGAACUCCUCUCUUCAUACCCAUUUUUAAACUUUCAUCUUUCCUGAGAAAAAGUUUCUUCUUCCUUCUCAACAAUGGCUCCUCAAAAAUCUUCCAGCAACAAACACUCUAAAAAGAAACAAGAUUCAACUCUUCCUCCUGCGCAUGAUUUGAAGGGACCAACAACUAUUGGAAACCAGCAAUAUGUUCCUGAACCUCCAAAUGAGAGAGAAAAAGAAUGUAUCUACAAAUCUCAGGUAUUAAUUCCUGUUCUUAUUUCUGGAAACUGUCACGCUAUGUUAGGUCCACUUCCGAACCCAAAGAUUAAGCCAGAUCGUUUAAAAGAAUUUUUUCCAACCUAUUUCCAUAUUAAACCCAUAGGCGCUGGAGUGAAACCUCAACCUAAAGAGAAAAUGGUAGAACAAAAAGACCCAUCGAGUUCGACUGAUGACGGAGAAAUGAACUUAACUUAUUUAAAUUAUACCAGGAUAUUUAGAACUUGUCCAUGGUCGAAAGACCCUUCAGACUACUUAUCUUGGCUAAAUAAAGUUGAAAAGAUUAAAGGGAAUUUCUGGAAAGAAGUAGGUAUUUUCGACCUUAUCCAGUUGUCGAGAGCAGGACCCAAUAUUUGUCCCAAUAUGCUUUUGGCUUCCCUCUACUUCUGGGAUAGUACCUACAACACCUUUCACCUUCCUUGUGGGAUGGUUACGCCCACUCUUUUCGACGCCGCAACCAUCGUUGGCCUUCAUCCCAAUGGGAUAGAUUUCAACCCUACUAACCUGAACGAAGAUACCAUCGCUUUCGACACCAGCCUUGCCCCAUACUCUUUAUUUACGUCUUACUAUCAUGACAAGAGUACCAUGGAAGUUUCGGAUGUCAAACACAUAGCCUUUUUGACUCUGUGGCUAUCCAAAUAUGUGUUUUGCUCUCGUUCCCUCCAAGUUGCCAAGAGAUUCAUUACCAUGGCCAAUCAGCUUCACGCAGGCAUCAAACUAUGUUUGAGCGAAAUGAUUUUGGCGAACCUUUACGAAUCUCUGAGUGAGAGCGUACAUCUUUUGAAAACCAUCAAACCCAAGGUAAAAUCAAUUUAUCAGGACCUUUUUGGAUUUUACAACUAUGGCUCAAUGCCACAUUUGAAGCUUCUCUCCCUGUAGAGCCAGAGGUAGAUGAAGAAGAAGUGAAAAGCAGGACUGUCGAAUGGCCAAGGUUGGUGCAACUAACGCCAACUGAUGAAGGGAUUAGUGUCGCAUUACGCGAAAAACCGGCGGGAAAACAAGAACAACAGAGCCGCCACCGUGCGUUAUUUAUCCCAAAAGAGGGAAAGGAAACGCUCAGAGUAAACCUGGAAAGAACAUGGUCUCGCGACCAGAGAGAAUGGGAUCGGGAGUCGGUUAUGCGAAGGGAAGGUAUUAGCACCCCUACGCAUCCGUCGUACUCGACGGGAUCCACGCACAAUAGGAAGGAAAAUGGUUGCUAAAACACUGCUCAAAUAAACAUCUACACAGGCUGAAAGAGACACAAGGAAACAAACAAGACUGACUCGGCAGGACAUCGUAUCCUGGGCCUACUUAGUCUAUCAGGCAUAGACAUCAGAGUCAAAGUAGUUCGGACAGGGGAAACGACACAUGCUCGCUAGGAUGUCGCAUCCUAUGCAUACGUAUCUCCUUUGGACGAAGGAGAAUCAGAGCAUUCGUAGCUCGGCUGACACGCACACAAACGAACACAGGCAAUGGCAAACGUGGAGCCUGAAUGCCAAUCACUGGGCUUACAUCAGCAUCCGAACCAAAACACACAAAGGGGCAAACGUGGAGCCUGACAACCAAUUGAUGGAAUUAUGUCAGCAUCCGAACCCAAAACACACUCAAAAGGGCAAACAUGGAGCCCGACAACCAAUUGAUGGAAUUAUGUCAGCAUCCGAACCCAAAACACACAACAGCAUACAACAAGAAGAAGGGUCUCGAUUGCAACUAGGGUAAGAGAAGGGGGUCUCAAUCGCAACAAGGGCGAGAGAAAAGAAUUAGUGUUAGUGGUUAGUCAAACUCGACAAGACAUCGCAUCUCGUGCCUACGUAUCUCACCUGAACAUGAGAAUCAGAGUUGCCGUAGUUCGGCUAAACUAUUCCUGUUGGUUCGUGUUUUUUAGGUGGACAACGUCACUACGCAAUCUACUGGAUGCUCGACCUUUGGAGACUUACUCACCUGUAGUAGAAGGAGUGGACGUAUCCUUAAGAGGGGAUAAUGUUUGUUUGUGUUUUAGGAAAGCUCAAGCAAGAAAGGAAGUCCUAUACGAAGGAACCGUGCUACCUUAAUUGUCAUGCAAACGAGACUACGCGGAGUCUAGCAAACCUAGGGGAUACAAUCACACCACACAAACAUAUACAGCAUGAAAUAAACACACCAACAAGGGGGCUCAAACAUCAAGGCUAGGCUUUAGUCGAGGGGUCAUAUCAACCUCAACAAACAAGCCUCUGUAUCGGGGUCAGGUUAGCUCUUAACCUUGCCAUUGAGGGGCUAAGGUGAAGCCAGAUGAAAGGUGAUGAGGGGUGUGCCUCAUUGCUUCUAUCUCAAGUCAGAGAGAGCAUCAGACAAGGGAGCGUGGGUCCAGAAUGGGGGGACCCUUCUACGCUCAGGACAUAGACUCGACUGUACAAUGUACAAGAUCUUGGGCUUGGAUCUCAAUGCUACAACCAUGCAAUGGGAGCAAGGAGAAGACUCACAGAAUAGUGGGGGAUAGAUUGCUUAUCCCUACCUUCCACCAAUUGCCUCAAAUGAGGACUUUCCCUGCUUAGGACAAAUAUAAACAUACACAAGCAUUGCCUCUUAAGGAGGACUUCAGACAAUGUGCCCGGCCCGGUAACAGCCGGGUCUCCAGACUACAUGAAGAAGAAAGUUCUAUACCUCAAUGCCAAUUGCUUAUAAGCAAAGCAAUGCAAGUUCUUAAGAGAACUGAGCAACUAAGGGUACCUGUGUAAAUAGCUAACCAGUCAGUACACAAUUCAAACAAACAAUCAACAGUCAAUAUCACACAAACAGACAAAUCCAAUCAGACAACAAUGAGCGAUCCAUGAACACAAGGGAAUCCCCCAUUAAGGCCUACAAAACACACAAUUGUUAGCCAACAACAACAAAUGGUUAAGCUCAAAUGAAGGAGCAUCAUCACUCAUGGAGAUGCAUUCUUGAACCUGAAAUCACAAUUCAAAUGAUAAGUCCAAACCACUAGGUCGAAGCCUAGGGUCAACAGAGGGAAAAAAUCCAGAACAGAAGCUGAUACUCCACAUGAAGCUCAUUUACUCAGGUGAUAAUAUGUCCUAAAAUUAAGGGAGCAUGCAAAAUUGAAUUAUUUCUAAGCCUAGGGGUAGAAUAGUCAUUUCACAGUUAGGGAGUAAUUUUGAAUUAAAUUUCUAUUUAUGAAAGUUCUAAUUAGAGCAAUUAAAUUCUAUACUAUUCUAAUUAUUCUAAAACAAAACUCCUAAGAGAUUAUUUAACUCUAAUCCUAAAAUUAAUGUUUCAAAUGACUUCUAUCAUUAACUAAAAUUCUAAUUAGCUUCUAAAAUCUAUUUAGACUAAUCCUAGAAUUAAUUCUAAAUCAACAGUAUUUCUAAUGGUCCACAAUUAAUCCUAAAAUUAAUCUUUAAUACUACUUCAAAUGUUUUUCUUUAUGGAAAAUCUAAGUUUGAUAACUCCUAAAACUCUGUUUAGUUCUAGUGACUAAUUAGCUCUAAGACCAAAUUUUAAUACCUAAUUAAAGUCCUAAGAACUAAUUAACUAGCCUAUUAAUCUGAGAUCUAAUGCUUCUACAUAAUCCUAAUCCUUCUAAUCAGCAUCUAACCAUCUGGAACAUAGAAAUACACAUGUGAGGAAGCGUAUAGGUGAAGUCCAAGAAGAAUUCACCAAACGCGCUUUUUCGCAAAAGCUACACAGGCAAAGGAAGCGCUUGCCGUUGACAAAGUGCUUAAAGAAAACUCCAUGCGAACAUCACAUUCGUCAUCACCCUGACAUUCACCAGCAAACAUCGCUGUUCGCGGACACUUCACCAUCUCGGAUCGUUCAACAGUCUAACGCGAUUCGCGUCCAUCCACCAUCAACAAUCAACUACUCAAACUUACGAAAUCAACAACAUCAGCUAUCCUAAUCUACGGAGCCGAAUCGCAACGGCAUCAACAAAUUACUCGAGCACGACGAAAAAGAAGAACAACAACUCACCGGCGAUGACGACGGGAGGACGGAUCGGCGACGGCUACGAAUGGAUCGGUUUUGAUGUGUCGCCGCGUUCUUCUUCCUUCUGUUUCAGUGCUUGCAAUCUUCUUGAAUUCGGUUAGAAUUUCUCCUUGCCGCGAGCUUCGCCUCCACUUGUAUUCAAUGCUCUUCUUCUUCUACCUUUCUUGGAGCGAUUCCGGUGAGAUGUUGAUUGUUGACGGUGAAGGUGUCGUGAAUCGGUUACGGUGGUUGAAGAUUCUACGAGGAUGAUCGGAGGUUGGUACAGUGAAUGUGGUUGAAGAACCGAGGUGGAAGAGGAGGUUGAAGUGGUGGCCUAGCUCUGCCGUGUGGAGCUUCGAAUGAUGAAGCUCCCACAACAAUGGAGAAUGAGCGUGUACUGAAGGUGAGGACUGAGUGCAGAAGCUUCUGGGAAUCAGGGAAAGAUCGUUCGAACCCAAUGAUUGGCAAUGAUUGCAGCUUAUAUAGCACAAUCCCAAGGGCAAAUUGGAGAAUUAAGUAUGAAUCAUCCAGCUGGCACCUGAGUGAACGAGAAGGUUUGUGGUCUCAUUCUCUCGCCCUUUCACGUGCCGUUUUGGUUUUUUCAACUUUUCUUUUGGCUUGUGUUGCUGCGUGCCGCUCAUGUUUCAGCUUUUGGUAGUUGAGUUUGGACUGCAGUUAGCGGCUUGUACUUGCGUUCACAUUUGGAAUAUGCGUGCUAUGAGCUACGUUUGACACUGGCUCGGAGUUUGUAGCAGUUUGGAUUUGCCGUCGUACAGUUGCCGUUGGGUUGUGAAGCUUGUUGCAUUUCGGUAUUUCGCAGCUUGCACCUUGAACGUGUUGAUGUUGCUUUAGUAUGAGCUGUGUUUUGGACAGAGUUUGGCAAAUGUUCUGCAGGCUCGUCAUGUAUGAUGUAGCAGUAUUAAUGUGGACUUGUGCAAUGGUUUUGUUGUACUGUGAGUUAUCCAAUACUCUGACUUAAUUUUCCUUGCAGUUACAACUUCAAUAUGCUAAACCAGGUUGGUAUUCCAUGAUAGAAACACAUACUCACUCAAGGUCUGAUUUGUUAGAAUGAAUUGCAACAAAGUGUUGCAAAAUUCUGCAAUACUUCAUGACAGGCUGGAUAAUGGUAUGAUGAUAACUCGUUCAACAAAGUGACCACUGUUGGAUUCAACUAUAAGUGAGAUCCCCGUCCUGGCUUGGAUUCUGCAGCAUUGAAUUGCUAGGUCUGUGGAAUAUUAUAACUGGAUUUAAGUGUCAACGGGCUACACUUGGUCUUUAACAGGGAGCUUUGUCUAUUGCAGCGUAUGGCUAGGGGGAUGAGGAAACCGGCCAUCACGAAGUGCAUUGCCAACGGAAUCAACAAAUAGACUUGCAGGUCUGCCCUCAAGAUCAUAUAUACUUGACUUGUUAAUAAGACCACCAGAGACAAAUUGGAAGCUCCGGUACGGAAAGGUGGUUCACGAACCUGGCUAUAUGGUCCUGUUGGGAGAUUCAUGAGGCUGAGGUUGAAAGUUGCGGCCUGGAAUAUUAAACUGAACAUCAGAGCCGGCUGGUUGCUUAAGCAUGGUUGGCUGAAAAUUAUCCAUGGAGUUUAAGGCCUGUCCCGAAUGAAGUGCAGGUGCAGCUCCAUGAUUCCUGAGAAGCGCUGAAGAGUUUGCUGCAGAAAGAGGCUGAUUUGGACCUGUUGGAUGUUGCCUCUUAUCAUGACCUGAAUUGGAUUUUUUUAAUUGCAGGUCCCAUCUCUACUUGACAGUGUGCCAACUGGUUUAUACGCAGGCUGCUGCAGGAUGAUGGCAUGAUGGUGGCAUUGAGUCUCAAACCAAACUCACGAGCAUCCUUUCCUUCAACUGGCCAAUGUAAGUGUAGUAUCAAAUCAUGUGACUGUGAAGCUUGGUUUUGGUGCACGCAAGUCCCUGUUAGCAGUGCAGCAUCAUGGUUGGCAAAAAUCACAAGACCAAGUCAUAGCAAGGUACACAUGGAGUUGAAAAUGAGACAAGCUACUUGGACAUGAAGAUACAAAGUCAAACCCAUCAAAAACGACUCUUGGAUGAUAAAUCACGGGAAAAGAGCUAGAUUAGGCCCUAGAUGGUUAAAAAUGGAUGAGUUGACUUUGGUCAAAGUUGACCAAAAAGUCACCCGUUGACCAAAGUCAACAAUUGGUUAAAGCUUAUUUUUUUUUUGUAUUUUCCCCAAUGCUUGUACAUUUGUGAUGAAUUGUAAGUGAUUGUGAAUGAAUGUGAGAUUAUGACUUGAUCUUGACA